UGAGGAAGUAAAUUGGGGAAACGCUAAUGAGGAAAUUCUUCAACAAAGAUAUUCUGAGAAUAGUUUUUAAAAUCUCCACCAAGGUAAACUGAACUGUGACUACAAAUGCAUGAAUAUUUAAUAAGGUAAUCGCUGAGUCAGUUUCUGAUUGGUUGUCUGUUGCUAAACAACUCGCUGAUACAUUUUAGCAACCACGUCGAUUACUGUACACCUUUAGCAUCUUAAUUCGGGUUUAAAUUAUGACCACAGGUUAAAAGCGGCGAGAACGCAUUGGUGGCCUUAACCCGGUAUUUAAAAAGACGUUAUCACAGGGUUAUAAGUGUACUAUCAAAAGCGCUGCUUUAAAUAGUGCAACGCAAGAAUGAAGAGAUACCUGCAUCACCUGAGCGCAGGGUACACAGUGUACGUCAUGCGUGAGGGGCGGGGCUUAUGAUAUCUCCCAAACAGUUACACUCAGGAGCCAGAGCGGCGGCUGCGGCGCACGGCAAACAUCAAGCAGGCUGCAACGAACCAACUUUUUGUCCCGGUUGCUUUAACUGAGAAUGUCUUUGGGUGACCAGCAGUGGUAUCCCACUAGCGUUCAGGUAACGGUGCUCAAAGCGCGAAACCUGCGGAUCAAGGGCAAAAAUGGCACGAACGACUCCUAUGCCAUCAUGCAGGUGGGCAAGGACAAGUUUUCCACGUCGGUUGCGGAAAAAUGCGUCUCGCCCGAAUGGAAGGAGGAGGCGACCUUCGAUCUGCCGCUGAUCCAUCAGGGAGACGCGGAGCGGUGCACACUCUACAUCAUCGCCAUGCACCGAGCCCUGGUGGGGCUGGACAAGUUUUUGGGACAGGCUGUCAUCAACUUAGUGGACCUCCACGCCAACAGAUCACGCAAAAAGACCGAGUGA